AUGGAUGGCGAAGUCCAAAGAAAAGGCUCACUAGAUGAAGCAAAGGAUGGUACCGCAAACGGUGCAACAGGGGGAACCGCAAUACUCCCUGCCGGGCCCACCGGUAAUAUGUGGAAAUAUUGGGGUGUGACAGGAUUAAUCAUCAACAAUGCCGCCAAGAGUGAGAGGCAAAGGAAAGGGUCCCAUGCGAGCAUCUCGAGCGGUUCUCCAUAUCAAGGAUCGCCGUACCAAGGGCCCGAUUCAUUUAAAGAAAGGUGGGCCACGUAUGAUUGGGCUUUUACCGCUUCAUAUCAUAACUCUCCUGCUCAACCUCCUUUGGUUGAACCACAACUUCAAGCAGUUUCUCCACCACCUGUUUCUGUUGAGGAGCCGCCUCAACAGCCACCUCAACCACCUCCCGAGCCGCCGAGGCGAAGAAGGAAUGCACGAAUUUCUGUGCGAGAAGGACCUCGGUUAAGUUCUCCUCAGGGUUCAAGUUCUUACCCUCCUAUCCCCGAGGACCCCCAAAUGAGUGGACCCUCGCACGCGGUGCUGGAGAACGAUCCUCCGCCGGCUUCUAAUGCACCACCGCCACCGCCAGUGGGUUUCGACAACCUGAUCCCGACUUACCCAGGUUCGUUUGGGUAUAACCCAUCAGAUAAUGGAACCCAUGAUCCAUAUCUUUCUGCUGCACAGUACAAUGCAUUUUAUCCUUCUUCUUACCCUCUAGUUUAUCCAUCUGGAUAUCCGGUGCAGGGGUAUCAAUACCCUCCUUACCAGCAACCUCCUCCUCCUCAACAGGAGCAAACCUAA